CUCUUCCUAUUUAGGGUUUUUCGGCGCUCUUGUCGGAAACCUUACACGGCUCGCUUUUGUCCUGGUGUUCAUCUCAAAACCCUAGAUAUUUGCAGAGUUUUUAAGCUGUGGUACUUGAUAGAGACUAGACCUGCUCUCUUUGAGUCUGAGCAUUGGCAAAUGAUAAAGUAAGGAGUUUCCCAGGGUAAGAAGCAUUGGUUUCUUUGUGAAAGGAUCAUUUUACCCAAAUCAUCUGGGUCCAAUGUUGCUAGAUUCAUAUUGAAAAACAACAUGGUCCGGUUAUCAACAUCAAAACAAGAAAGAGAAAGCCAUGGUGUUAUGGGAAGGGAAAUUGAUGUUCCGAGUUUCGAAAAACUUGAGCAGUACAUGGAACCGAAUGGUGUCAUACUUGAUACUAAUGGUCUUUCUUCUGAUCAAUUUUCCCCAAGAGAAAGUGAACCUGAAGACCCAGAUGAGGGGAAGGCCAAAGUCGCAUGUAAUAAUGAGCUUCUAUUUGCUCCAAAUCCAGAACAAUCCAUCGAAUCAAAUGAUAUUGAAGUCAAAGUCUGCUAUACCGAUGAUGUAAUUAAGGUUGUCGAUGUUUGUAAUGUUAAAAAUCGUGAUCAGGAGGAACCUGCUGAAGAGAUCAAGCCAGAGGUUUCCCUGGUGGAAAACAUGGAACUUCCAGCUAAAACACCCGAGAAAAGUCCUGAUGCCAAAUGUGAAUCUAGGAAAUCAAAGGAUCCCCAAAAGAUGAAUUCUCCUCUUAAAGUCAAUGCUGGAAAUGGAAGAUCCAACUGCACUGUUCCCCAACCAUUUACCUUGGCAACUGACAAACGUGCUCUGAAUGGUACUCGGCCAGGACCUGAAAUUUCUCCUGUAUCUGCAAAUAGACAUGCAAAUGCAACCAGUCCAGUAAUUCUGAAGAAGUUCCAGCCAUCAACAGGGGCUUCCUCACCUUCUUCACUAAGGAAGCAAUUUCAUUCAGAGAAUAUGAAGCCUUAUGAUGAAGAAGACGCCUGCUCAGUGGCAUCUUCGACUGCAGUAUCAGUUCGUACAAUGAAAAUUCGGGCAAGUGCUCCCAAGUUUAGAUGCAGUGAGCGUGCAGAAAAGCGAAAAGAGUUUUACUCCAAAUUAGAAGAAAAGCACCAUGCUCAGGAGGCUGAAAAAAGUCAAGUUGAAGCCAAGUGCAAGGAGGAACAAGAGGCUGCCCUCAAGCUACUCAGAAAGAGCAUGACAUUCAAAGCAUCGCCUAUGCCAAGCUUUUAUCAUGAGGGACCACCCCCAAAAGUUGAACUUAAGAAGCCUCCUCCAACGCGUGCUAAGUCACCCAAGCUUGGAAGGCGUAAAAGCUGCGAUGGUCAUAGCGAUUUAUCUCAUUGUGAUCCCAAAGGACCUUGUGAGCGAGGUGGUCGAUAUAGUCUUGGUAAUCAGAGAAGCAAUGGAGCUUUGCUAGAGGUCAGCAAAGACCGGAUCAGCAACUCCAACAUUAACAUUGCUGCUAAACUCAGGGAUGGAGGAGCUAAAACAGCGAGGGAUAGCAUGAAAUCUCUCUCUUUGAAGAGGACAGUGAAAGGAAAUGUUGAUAUUGCAGGUGCAAAGGAUGUCACUGUGCGGUCAUGAAACAUGACCCUGGACUAAUGAUUUUAUGGAGGUUGGCGCUUUUGUCAUUUGCUGGUUUCCUUUGUAUUAUUGGCUGAAGUUUCUCUGGCUUCUGUGCUUAACUUUUGAUGGGCUUUUGGCAGUGGAUUGUGUGACAUAUAUAUAAGAUGUAAAUCAUGUAUAAUUUAUACAAACGAGUUUAGUCUGUUUUGCUUACA